AUGUGCAGCAACUGUGUUAUUCUUAAGGCUCCUCAAUAUGAAGACAGAUGAAACUACAAAGGGCACAUCAAUCUUUUUGUACAGGAGCAUCUUGUUCUUGAUAUCGUGUAGUAGUUACAACAGAGUCAUUGAUAACUUCUCUACGGAUGAUAAAACAACUCCUACUAGUAAAUCCGACAACUUGAUGACAUCAAUGAAGCAAAUGCGUAAUAAUAUGUAGAAAGAAACUUCUCAUGCUCAUUUGAGCAUCAAAAAAUAUGAAGUAACGUACGUAGUAAUCACGUAAAAUAUGACUGCUCAUGGUCGUGUUACGCACAGGAGGACUGUGUCUCUCAACAGUUAUAGUUAGACCCUAGUAUAAUGAAACACCAACGUUCUUGUCUCAUCACCUUCAUAGCUCACAUCAUUUCUUCUUCUAAUGAGAAAUGGGCAUCGGACGACUCGACGAAUAUUCGUGCGACACGGAGGCCUACGGCGGUCUCCCCGAAUGUACUCUACUUAAGGCUUGAGGAAAUCCAUCUUUCCUAACCUACCCGUCUGACCGGGAGAAGAUAACAGGAAGAUGGAUUUCUGCAAGGUCUAACCUACUUGUCUGAACGGGAGAAAGAGAGGCAUCAUCUCUCUGACUGGAAGGUGCGAGUGUUCGCUUUCGGUGCAGUAUUGUCUAUUAGUUGUGCUGUGAAGAUAAUUCUAGUCAACUUCCGCCUCCGCGCACCACCAGUCUUCCGACCUUCCGGAGACGACUUCAUGACGAGAUUUCAAACUGCCGAUGCAAUCGGGGAUGCAUUGGAGGGUAGGG